GUUGGGGUUUUUUGGAGCAUUUACUAUAAUGAUUUUGGAACAUCAAACUAUUUUGAAUGUCAGCCAAAAAUCACCUAAUCACCCUUUAAAUAAAUAUUUCAUUAAAUGUGAUUCCCAAAUUUGCUAUAUAAAGUUACUGUCACAACUCUAGAAAGAAAGAGUUGUGACAAUCAAUCAAUACAUUAAGUUCCAAUCCAAUUAAAUUUAAGAAUUUAAUAAGAAACAAAAGUUAUUCAUAUCUAUCACGUUUGGGAAUCUAGCAAAUCACUGAGAGCCAUUAUGAACAAAUACAGAAAAUAAAGCGCGGGCAGCUGACUAAAAUUACUCCAGUCAGUACAAGUGGACCAACAUUCCUCCACAGCAAUGUCUGAAGUGUUGCCUGUAGUAAAACAAAAUACUUCAUGUUAUUUUGUGCCACUAAGAGGGCCAUAAGUUGCAGAUGUAGAGCCAAAUUGUUUAGGAUUUCUCUUUUAGCACAUUAAAUAAAUUAAUGAACUUUGAAGACUGCUUUUUGUAUUUAUUCAGGUUAUUUUUGUUUGAUACAAACAUGUCUUUGAAGAUCUGGAAAAUUUAGACGGGGUGAGAGGGUAACCAAGCAAAAAAGAAAAUACUUUCCCCAAUAUUGCAUAUAUAAGUUUGACUGAAUUUCCUUAAAAAAAAAGGUAAACAGCUUUAAGAUUUUCAUCUGUCUUUCCUUUUAGUGAAGCUUUGCAGCAACUUGUCUAGAAAGAAUUAAGUCAUUUCAUUUAAAUGAAUGAUUUCCUAAUGAUUUACUCUUUAUCUUUUACCAUAAUUUUGAUGACAUGUGUGAGUCACAUUCUGUGUCUUAAAAAGCCAUGUCAGUAAACUUUGUUCCUGUGCAGUCCUUCCAUAAAGAGGAAGUGAAAACUUUAGGGUUUUUUUGCACCCAGACACCACAGUCAGCACAUAUACUUUGGCAGAAUGAACAUCUCAUAUGCACGGUCUCCGUCGGAGGAAAUGGCCCUUGAGGAAUUUGAUGGUGGAACAGUGGUGGCGUGUGUGAUCCUGGGUCUGUCCUUCUUGGUUGGUGCUCCUGGCAACCUGCUUGUGAUCUGGACCAUCCUGAAGCAUGUGAAGAAGCGCUCACACACAGUGGUUCUCAUCUUGCACCUCGCGGCGGCAGAUCUGGUGGUCCUCAUUACACUCCCUCUGUGGAUCUACUCCCUCGCACAGUCCUGGGUCUUCGGAGUGACAUGCUGCAAAGCCAUGGUGUUCGUGAUCAACGCCUGUAUGUACAGCAGCGUUUUCCUCAUCACGCUCAUGAGUGUGGAGCGUUUCGUCGCCGUGCGUUAUCCCUUUGUCUCUGUAGUUUGGAAGAAGAAACAAGCCUUGAAUAAAGUCCUCCUUGCCCUGUGGUCAGCAGGGUUCCUGUUCAGCAUACCUAUUAUUCCGACUCAAACUAUCGGGGUGGACGAUGGUAAGACGCAUUGCCUGUAUCGCGAGUAUACUUCUGACACUCAAGAGCUGGUGUGUUUGUUGCUAGAGACGGUGGUGGGAUACAUGCUGCCCUUCUCCAUUCUUGUGGUCUGUUAUGGGUGUUUGUGCAGUCGUAUAACUCAGAUGAACUUCAGGUCCAAACGCAAGUCCACUGUCUUGAUUGCAAGCGUAGUGGUUGCGUUUGCCAUUUGCUGGACACCACAUCAUAUAGGAAACAUCAUCUCAAUCGUUAUUCUGGCCAUUGAUGAUUCAAAGAGUAAUAUAGCACUUAACCUGGAAGCUGCUAGACAAACCAUGGCAUUUGUAGCGGGAGCAAUGGUCUUUAUCAGCAGCAGCAUUAAUCCUGUCCUGUACAUGUUUGCGGCCCGCUCCUUCAGGGAGUCGCUACGUGACACCGGCAUCCAGAAACUCUUCCGCCACAUCUCCAGCACCUCGCCGGGUGAGGGAAACAGGGAGAUAUCCUUUGUGUCGAGGAGACAAAGCAAUCAGACGAACUGCUCUCAGCUUAUGACAGAGUCAAAAGACGAUACUAAUAUGUAUUGAAGUUGUGUGUAAAUAAUCAUUUUCCUGAGAAUGAAAUGUGUGAGGUGUUUUGCAUUAAACCCUCUUUUAAACGAACCCUCAACAGGUAAAAAACAAUAGAUAAACAACAUGUCUCUGCUGAUCUAUCCAGUGCAUUUACAUUUCUUUCUGCUCUUAAUUUAUUUAUGAAACUUUAAGUAUUAUGUAUGCUGUAUCCCUUGUGCAAAUAUCUUUUAUCAUAAAAAGCAAUACAUUUAUAUAUGAACGAAAAUGAAUUAAAACGUUUUUUAAAUGA